UGAGGAGGGCGCCGGGGGAGGCCAGCCGGCGGGGGCGCGCGCUCUUCCAGAAACUUUCCUUGCUCAAGGCCCGGGGAGGCGCGGGUGUCCCCCGCUUGCCAGCGCGCUGUUGCGGCCCCGAAACUUCUGCGCGCAGCCCAAACUAACCCCACGUGAAGUGUCAGACUGUUCUAUGACUGCAAAGAUGGAAACGACCUUCUACGACGAUGCCCUCAACGCCUCGUUCCUCCAGUCCGAGAGCGGCGCCUACGGCUACAGUAACCCCAAGAUCCUGAAGCAGAGCAUGACCCUGAACCUGGCCGACCCCGUGGGCAGCCUGAAGCCGCACCUCCGGGCCAAGAACUCCGACCUUCUCACCUCGCCCGACGUGGGGCUGCUCAAGCUGGCGUCGCCCGAGCUGGAGCGCCUGAUAAUCCAGUCCAGCAACGGGCACAUCACCACCACGCCGACCCCUACCCAGUUCCUGUGUCCCAAAAACGUGACGGACGAGCAGGAGGGCUUCGCCGAGGGCUUCGUGCGCGCCCUGGCCGAACUGCACAGCCAGAACACGCUGCCCAGCGUCACGUCGGCGGCGCAGCCGGUUAGCGGGGCGGGCCUGGUGGCUUCGGCCGUGGCCUCGGUGGCGGGCGGCGGCGGCGGCGGCGGCGGCGGCUUCGGCGCCAGCCUGCACAGCGAGCCGCCGGUCUACGCCAACCUCAGCAACUUCAACCCGGGCGCGCUGAGCGGCGGCGGCGGUGGCGGCGGGGCGCCCUCCUACGGCGCGGCCGGCCUGGCCUUUCCCGCGCAGCCUCAGCAGCAGCCGCCGCCGCCGCCGCCGCCGCCGCACCACCUGCCCCAGCAGAUCCCUGUGCAGCACCCGCGGCUGCAGGCCCUGAAGGAGGAGCCGCAGACGGUCCCCGAGAUGCCCGGGGAAACGCCGCCCCUGUCCCCCAUCGACAUGGAGUCCCAGGAGCGGAUCAAGGCGGAGAGGAAGCGCAUGAGGAACCGCAUCGCUGCCUCCAAGUGCCGGAAAAGGAAGCUGGAGAGAAUCGCCCGGCUGGAGGAAAAAGUGAAAACCUUGAAAGCGCAGAACUCGGAGCUGGCGUCCACGGCCAACAUGCUCAGGGAACAGGUGGCCCAGCUUAAGCAAAAAGUCAUGAACCACGUUAACAGUGGGUGCCAACUCAUGCUAACGCAGCAGUUGCAAACGUUUUGAGGCGAGACCGUCGGGGGCUGAGGGGCAACGGA